UUUCUUACACGUGCACCAAUGUAGUCAAACAUAGAUUUUAGUAUGCAUGUAAAAUCUUUUAAUGUCUUUCUUAAUCUGUACGUAUUAAUAAGUAAAUAUUUUAAUUUUUCCAAUACAACACCUAUCAUAGGAGAAAAUGUUCAACAAGCAAUAGAAUCUGAAUUCCCGUUUAUUGUGUCUUUAGUGAGACUUAGUUCGAACUAUUACAAACCGGAAAGAAAUUAUAUUUGUGGAGGAGCUCUUAUCUCACCUAAAAACGUUUUAACUGCCCAACACUGUUUAGAGGAAGAACGACAAAUUGGUGUUGUAAUAUUAAUUGGAUCGGUAAACUUGAGACAGACUACGAGAUAUUAUAUUUUUUGGUGGAAAACAUAUUACGACUGGUGUGAAAGUAGAAGUUAUCCUCUUCAAUUUGUUGUAAAUGAUAUAGCCGUUAUAAGACUAAUUUCAGAAGUGCCUGAAACUCUUGUUCCGGGACUUAUUACGAACGUAUCAAAUGCUAUUUUUCACGGAUUAGACGCUGAGAUCGUAGGAUGGGGUAUAACGAACAACGGAAAACAUCCUAAAAUUAUGAACAAGGCCACUGUGAAUAUCAUAACUAUCGAAACAUGUGAAGCAAUAAUAGAAAGACUCCAUGGAGCAAAACUUGUUGUUGAUGCAAGAUUCUUGUGUUCCCUUGCAAAUCCGUACAUACUAAUGGAUAAAGUAAAUAUAUAG